CCCCCCUUCCUCACCCCCUCCUCACCUCCACAACGCGUUAUACAUACAUAAAUAAAUAUAUAUAUAGCAGUGUGUAUCUAUUUCCAUUUUCACGCAGAAAACACACACAUCUGGGUGUAACACCAUUUUUCCCCGAGAAAAGCGCCCCCCUUUUUUUUCUCUUCCCUGUCAAUGUGUUUUCCUUUUCUUGUAAUAUAGAAGGUAGAGCGAGGGGUAUUUCCGGUAAAUAAAAUAUUCUUCGGAAAAUCUAAUCCUAUUAAUUUUCACAUUUAACAGAAGAACAGAAAAAAAAUUAAAUUAUUUUGGGCGGAGAGAGAAGAAAAAAAAAUGGGGAGAAGGCGAUUAAUACUCCUCGGAGUACUGUGUGCAGCUCUAGUGUGUGUAGUGUGUGCUGCGGCGGCGGCGGCGGCGGAGGAAGAAGUUCAGCACAGAAACGCAUACGCAACGAUGAUGUACAUGGGUACGCCGCGGGACUACGAGUUCUACACGGCGACACGUGUCAUGCUUAGAUCGCUCGGAGAUCUUAAGGUUGAUGCUGAUCUCGUCGUCAUUGCCUCCAUGGAUGUACCCCUCCAUUGGGUACAAGCUCUAGAAAAGGAAGACGGGGCGAAGGUGGUGAGAGUGGAGAAUCUGCACAAUCCGUACGUAAAACAAUCGGAAUUCGAUUGGAGAUUUAGGCUAACACUAAACAAACUUUACGCAUGGAAGCUCGUUGACUACGAGAGAGUAGUCAUGCUCGAUGCAGAUAAUCUCUUCCUCCAAAAAACCGACGAACUUUUCCAAUGUGGACAGUUUUGUGCUUCCUUCAUCAACCCAUGCAUCUUCCACACCGGCCUUUUCGUUUUGGAGCCAUCGAUGGAGGUGUUCAAUGAUAUGAUACAUCAAAUAGAGAUAGGAAGGAGUAACCCUGACGGAGCCGACCAAGGUUUCAUCGGAGGCUAUUUCCCCGAUUUGCUCGAUCGGCCAAUGUUUCAUCCUCCGUCAAACGGCACUAAGCUCGAUGGUUUCUAUAGGCUUCCUCUCGGUUAUCAAAUGGACGCUUCUUACUAUUAUCUCAAGCUCCGGUGGAGUGUACCAUGUGGGCCCAACAGUGUCGUCACUUUCCCUAGCGCUCCGUGGUUGAAGCCAUGGUAUUGGUGGUCGUGGCCGGUUCUCCCUUUGGGCAUCGAUUGGCAUAAACAACGCCUUAAAACUCUAGGGUACAGUGCAGAAAUGCCAAUUGUAUUCAUUCAAGCAAUAUUCUACCUAGGAAUAAUCGCCGUAGCUCGUCUAGCCCGCCCGAAUCUGUCAAAACUAUGCUACCGUCGCGAAGAAAAGAGCGUAUUCUUGAUACAAACGGGCUUCAAAUUAAUCGCAAUUUGGUCCAUUUUCGCCGCCUACGCAGUCCCGUUCUUCUUCAUUCCGUUCACGGUUCAUCCGCUCGUAGGGUGGAGUGUCUAUUUAUUGGGUUCAUUUUCUCUGUGUUGCGUAGCGAUCAACGCUUUUCUGCUACCGAUGCUUUACGUUUUAGUACCGUGGCUAUCAAUCGUGAACGCCCUUUUGGUGAUGGCUUACCCGUGGUACCCGGACGGGAUCGUGCGGGCCCUCUCGGUUUUCGGGUACGCGUUUUGCUGCGCGCCGUUUCUUUGGGUGGCGUUUGUGAAAAUAUUGUCGUCGCUUCAGGUUUCUUUGGAAAGGGAAGCUUUCUUGCCGAGACUGGGCGAAAAUGCUUCUCCGGCCGGGUUCAAUAAGCUGUACUGAAAAGAAAGAAAAAGAAAAAACGAGAAAACAAACGAUUUGCUCGAUUAUUAAAAGGAUUGAUGUUUCGAAUGGAUUGUUGAGAGGAGAUUGAAGAUGGAAGUUUUUUAAUCUCAUCAUCCCUUGUAUUUUUUUUUCUUUUCUGUGCAGCUAUUUUUAUAUACAUAUGGAGCAAAAGGGGGUUUUUUUUCCUUAAUUAUUGGAAAGUGGAUUGUGUAAAAUGUUACUUCUUGUACUCAGAAACAUUGAAAUCUCCUCUUUUUCUCUCCUCUAUCUUCAUUAGAUAUUUAUGAUGAUUAAUGGGUUUUACAGAUAAA